GUUUUCAACUUUAUCAUAGGUAUAUCGACCAGCCUAUCAACAAUCUUUUACAAAUACAUGUCUCUCAGUUAGACUCUCUCACUUCACAGUUUAUAUAGGAAACACUGAAAACAACCCAACCCAAAGCUCUCACUACCCUUCCAAUGGCUACAGUCUGCAAAUGCCCUUUUCUUUUCUCCCUCUGCUUCACAUUCUUCAUCUUCUCCUCAGUUUCAACUGAAGAAGCUGAUGCCCUUCUUAAUUUCAAGUCUUUCAUUGAUGACCCUAAGCACUCUCUUUCCAGCUGGUCAAAUACUUCGGGUGUUCAUCACUGUAACUGGACUGGUAUUACCUGCAUCCCAACUCCUUCUCUCUUUGUAUCUUCCAUUGACCUUCAAAGCUCUAAUCUUUCUGGUGAAAUACCUUCUUCCAUAUGUGAACUACCCUAUUUGUCUCAUCUUAACCUUGCUGAUAACCUUUUUAAUCAGCCUAUUCCACUGCACCUGUCUGAGUGCAGUUCCUUGGAGACUUUGAAUCUCAGUUACAAUCUCAUCUGGGGUACUAUCCCAGAUCAGAUUUCUCAGUUCGAUGCCUUGAAAGUUCUUGACUUGAGCAAGAAUCAUGUUGAAGGCAAGAUUCCUGAGACUAUUGGGUCAUUGGUGCAUCUUCAAGUGCUCAACUUGGGAAGGAACUUGCUUUCAGGUAGUGUUCCUUUCGUUUUUGGAAAUUUUAGUGAGCUUGUUCUACUUGAUUUGUCUCAAAAUGCCUACUUGGAUAGUGAGAUUCCUGCUGAUAUUGGGAAGCUUGACAAGCUUGAGCAGCUGUUUUUGCAAAAAUCUGGUUUUGUGGGUGAAAUCCCUGAAUCUUUUGUGGGUUUAUAUAAUUUGAUCACUGUGGACCUUUCCCAGAACAAUCUGACUGGUAAGCUUCCACCAACACUAGGCUCUUCUCUAAAGAAGUUGGUGUCUCUUGACAUCUCGGAGAACAAGUUCUUGGGGCCAUUUCCUGGUGGAAUUUGUGAUGGAAAACGCCUUAAAUUCCUCAGCCUCCAUACAAAUUUCUUCAAUGGUUCAAUACCAAAGUCCAUUUCUGAGUGUUUGAAUCUAGAGAUUUUUCAAGUUCAAAACAAUGGAUUUUCAGGUGGUUUGCCUAAUGGAUUAUGGUCCAUACCAAAACUUAUGCUGGUGAGGGCUGAAAACAAUAGGUUAUCUGGGGAAUUAACAGAUUCGAUAUCAAUGGCUGCUCAGUUGGAGCAAGUUCAGAUAGACAACAACAGCUUUACUGGUAAAAUACCUCAGGGCCUUGGCCUCGUAAAGAGCUUAUACAGAUUCUCUGCUUCUCUCAAUGGCUUCUCAGGUGAAAUACCUCCAAACUUUUGUGAUUCACCUGUUAUGAGCAUAAUAAACCUUUCUCAUAACACCCUGUCAGGCCAGAUUCCAGAGUUUAAGAAAUGCAGGAAACUAGUUUCCUUAUCUUUAGCAGAUAACAGUCUUACUGGAGAAAUUCCACCUUCCCUUGCUGAGCUACCAGUUCUAACUUACCUUGAUCUGUCUCUUAACGAUCUCAGUGGUUCGAUUGUGCCGGGGCUCCAAAACUUGAAGCUAGCCCUCUUCAAUGUAUCCUUCAACCAGCUCACUGGUAGGGUUCCAUCAUCUUUAAUAUCAGGCCUCCCAGCUUCGUAUUUGGAAGGAAAUCCUGGACUCUGUGGCCCCGGAUUGCCGAAUCCUUGCCCCGAUGAACAUCGGAAACGUCACUCUUCCGGUCUCACAACUUUGACAUGUGCCCUCAUAUCUAUAGCAUUUGCCAUUGCAACGAUGAUUGUUGCUGCUGGUGUGUUUGUGUUUCAUAGAUAUUCCAAGACCAAGUCGGAAACAGGCGUGUGUAGGUCGGUUUUCUUCUACCCUCUUAGGCUCACCGAGCAUGAUUUGAUGAUGGGAAUGGAUGAGAAAAGUGGUCUAGGAAAUGGUGGUCCUUUUGGUAGGGUUUAUACGAUAAGUCUACCGAGUGGUGAACGAGUUGCCAUAAAGAAACUAGUGAAUUUUGGGGUCCAACCUUCCAAAGCAUUGAAGGCAGAAGUCAAGACAUUAGCCAAGACGAGGCAUAAGAAUAUUGUUAAAAUUCUGGGGUUUUGCCAUUCAGAUGCAUCUGUCUUUCUUAUUUAUGAAUUCUUAGAGAAGGGGAGUUUAGGUGAUUUGAUUUGCAGAUCGGAUUUUCAGUUGCAAUGGAGUGCUAGAUUGAGGAUUGCGAUUGGGGUCGCCCAAGGAUUGGCAUACCUUCACAAGGGUUAUGUUCCACAUAUGCUUCAUAGAAAUCUCAAGUCAACAAACAUUCUUCUCGAUGAAGAUUAUGAACCGAAGCUUACGGAUUUCGCACUUGAUAGGAUAGUUGGAGAAGCUCCGUUCCAGUCGACCAUUGCUUCCGAAUUUGCACAUUCCUGCUAUAAUGCACCAGAAUCUAGAUACAUCAAGAAAGCAACCGAACAGAUGGAUGUUUAUGCGUUUGGUGUGGUGCUGUUGGAGCUCAUAACAGGCCGACAAGCCGACGACAUCGAAUCCUCGGAUUCUCUCGAUAUUGUAAAAUGGGUUCGAAGAAAAGUAAACAUUACCGUCGGAACCUUACAAGUAAUUGAUCCCAAGAUAUCAAGCUUUUCCCAAAAGGGAAUACUAGGGGCUUUGGACGUCGCCCUGUGCUGCACGGCUGUUAUGCCGGAGAAGAGGCCAUCGAUGUUAGAAGUGGUGAGAACACUGGAGUCGCUCAAGGGCGGAGCUUGCAUUCGGAACGUGGAACUGUCCACUUGGGGGUGUGAGGAGCAAAUGCAAUCACCUCCUGCUUGAAUAUGGAGGCUGAUUGAUGCAUGGAAUGCAGUCUGGUUUUUGUAUGUAAAUCAUCUGUUUCUGACAUGUUGAUUCUUUUGGAGGAUGAUGGUGUGUCCAUUUCUGUAGCACACAAUGUUUGCCAAGUCGAUUAAAAGUAAUACCAUGAGGUAUUACAGCAUUUUGCAUGUUAUAA